GCAGCGCUUCCUGGAUGCCGCGGCCGGACAAAGCUGAAGCGGCGCCGCGGGCCGAGGCCGGCGGGUUCUCGGCCUGUGCCGGCGUCAGGCCCCCUCCCUGCGGCGGGGCUCGCGCCGCUCGGCCGCCCGCUGUCUCCCCGCCCGGCCCAUGAGGCCGCUGGGGCUCUGGCCGGGGCUGGGCGGCCGCUCGCUGCCGGGGGCGGCGGCUCCCCGAGAGCGCGGCCCGGGAGCCCGGCGGAUGCCCGAGCGGGGAGCGGCUCCCGGCGGGAGGGCGGGGGCUGAGGGGCCCGAUGCUGCGGCUGCCUGCGGGAGACGCCCGGCCCGAGGCCCGAGCACCCCAGGAUGAAUGAAAUGAACCUGAGUUCGGUAGGGAUGGACCAGCUGACCUCAUCCUCUGUGAGCAAUGCCCUGUCUGUCUCAGGAAGUCACUUGGGACUGACUGCAUCACCCACUCAUAAUGCCAUACCGGCACCAGGCUUGCCAGUUGCGAUUCCAAACUUGGGCCCCUCCUUGAGUUCCUUGCCCUCUGCCCUAUCUCUGAUGCUCCCAAUGGGUAUUGGGGAUCGAGGAGUGAUGUGUGGUAUACCAGAGAGAAACUACACCCUACCUCCACCACCUUAUCCUCACCUGGAGAGCAGCUACUUCAGACACAUUCUACCUGGUAUUUUAUCUUAUUUAGCUGACAGACCUCCACCUCAGUACAUCCACCCCAACACUAUAAAUGUCGAUAGCAAUCCAGCUUUAUCUGUCUCCAAUAAUCCUUCAGCCCUAGAUCCCUUCCAACCCAGUGGAACUGUGGGCCUGGAACCAGGGAUUGUCUCCAUGGACUCUCGUGCAGUGAACACACAUGGUGCUCAAAGCCUACAUCCUAGUGACAGCCAUGAGGUAGCACUGGAUACCACAAUCGCUAUGGAGAGUGUUUCGAGGGUAACCAGUCCAAUAUCUACUGAUGGGAUGACUGAGGAGCUUACGAUGGAUGAUGUAGCUGGGGAUCAUUCACAAAUCCCAAAUGGCUCCCGGAAUCAUGCACCAUUAGCUGUAGACACGGUAGGCAGUAACUUGGCUUCAGAUGCAGUGGGUCAUAGUGGUGUCAUACCCAUUCAUGGUAACACUUUGGAGAUUCCUGUUGUCAUGGAGCCUGACCACAUUGCAGGCCGGGUAAGCGGUAUAUCGGACAGCACACUAAAUGACUCCAUACAUACCGUGGCCAUGAGCACCAACUCUGUGAGCGUGGCGCUCUCUACCUCACACAACCUAACUUCCCUGGAAUCUGUCUCCUUGCAUGAAGUGGGCCUCAGUCUCGAGCCUGUGGCUGUGUCUUCCAUAAACCAGGAAGUAGCCAUGGGGCCAGGCCAUGUGGAUGUGUCUUCAGACAGUCUUGCCUUUGUACCAUCAUCUCUGCAAAUGGAAGACUCCAAUUCAAACAAGGAGAAUAUGGCUACCUUGUUUACCAUAUGGUGCACGCUGUGUGACAAGGCCUACCCAUCAGAUUGCCCAGAUCAUGGGCCAGUAACCUUCAUUCCUGACACCCCAAUAGAGAGCCGAGCCAGACUUUCUCUCCCAAAACAGCUUGUUCUCCGGCAGUCUAUCAUGGCACCUGAAGUAGUCAGUGCCUUUCUGCUGAUAGGUGUGUGGACUCGGGAGACCAUUCCUGUGAGGACUUGCUUUGGACCUCUGAUUGGGCAACAGAGUCACUCUUUGGAAGUAGCAGAUUGGACAGACAAGACAACCAAUCACAUUUGGAAGAUGUACCACAAUGGCGUCCUGGAGUUCUACAUCAUUACAACGGAUGAAAACGAGUGUAACUGGAUGAUGUUUGUACACAGAGCCCGGAAUCGGGAAGAGCAGAAUCUGGUAGCUUAUCCCCAUGAUGGAAAAAUGUACUUCUGCACCUCACGGGACAUCCCUCCUGAACAAGAGCUUCUCUUUUAUUACAGUCGGGAUUAUGCUAGACAGAUUGGUGUCCCUGAACACCCAGAUGUGCACGUCUGUCACUGUGGAAAGGAAUGCACUUCCUAUACAGAGUUUAAGGCCCAUCUGAGCAGUCACAUCCAUAACCACCUCCCCAGCCAGGGACACAGCAGCAAUCAUGGAUCAGGCCACAGUAAGGAAAGGAAGUGGAAGUGCUCCAUGUGCCCCCAAGCUUUCAUUUCUCCUUCCAAACUUCAUGUCCAUUUCAUGGGACACAUGGGCAUGAAGCCACACAAGUGCGAUUUCUGUAGCAAAGCUUUCAGCGAUCCCAGCAACCUCCGGACUCACCUCAAGAUACACACAGGUCAGAAAAAUUAUCGCUGCGCGCUCUGUGACAAGUCGUUCACCCAAAAGGCUCACCUGGAAUCGCACAUGGUUAUCCACACUGGGGAGAAGAACCUGAAGUGCGAUUACUGUGAUAAGCUGUUCAUGCGGAGGCAGGACCUCAAGCAGCAUGUACUCACCCACACACAAGAACGGCAGAUCAAGUGUCCCAGGUGUGACAAGCUGUUCCUGAGGACAAAUCACCUGAAGAAACAUCUCAACUCCCAUGAAGGAAAGAGGGACUAUGUGUGUGAAAAAUGCUCCAAGGCUUAUCUAACCAAAUAUCACCUCACUCGCCACCUAAAAAUCUGUAAAGGCCCCACAUCCAGUCUCUCAGCACAGGAAGAGGAGGAUUCGGAGGAGGAAGAAUUAAUAGAGUCAGUGAGGACUGAAGACUGUAGGAUUAACAGUGGAGUGUAUUCGACAGAUGACUCUCUCUCUGGACAUAAGUGAUGGAAGAGGGAGGAAAAGUCACUCCCCUUUCCCCAAGCAUCAUGUUUUUAUCAAUGAAACAUUAUAUCCCUAUUUACUAAGCCCUAUGGCUAAAACUCUGAAUGAGAAUGGAUGACACACUUAUCAGUUGACAAGGAACAGUUUCUAGUAAGGAGAUCAUAAAAAUACACUGUGCACAGACUGACUCUUGUCUUUCCUAUAUUUUGCUCAAACACUGACAGGAUAAGGGAGUCACCUUGCUCCGUUCUUUGGAUGGAAGAAUCAUGAAACAAAAAUGAGAUUUGGUUACCAUAGGAACCUGUGAGCCAACAUCUUGAACUGACAAAGCCAUGAAAGUAUGUUGGGGAUUUAAAAGAAAAAAAAAAUUGUGUAUUUUGACACUUUAAUUCAAAGGGGUUUGUGUUCUCUCUCUGAGGCUCAGAGCAUAAUACAGAGAAUUUGAAUGCUCAGCUUUCCUUCUAGAAGUACAAAUUAAAUGCUUUGGUUAAAAAAUAGUCUGUGAAAUCAGCACUCAUGGUGGAUAACACAAGUACCUGAGCACAAAAUUGUAUAGGAGACCAACGUUUGGCUUUCAGAUAAGUGUUGCCUCUUAAUUUCCAGUUCAAUAGGAGAUGAGGCAUGUAGUGAUCCUACUUAAUUCCAUAUGUUCAGUUUUGAUGGGUUGACUUGGCUUUCAGAACACCAGAGGCUUGAAAUUGUCCAGCUAGUUUAUAUUACUCAUUAUUAAGCUGUAAACUGUAGCCAUGUGAGGUGCUGGUGAUGGUGGGAGGGUUUGCUGCUAAUGUAUUUAUGGAAUGAAAAUGUAUUUCAUUCAAACCUGUUUUCCUUUUGGAAAAAUUAAAAUAUGGCUCUUUUCUAA